UUAAACUAAGUUACACUAGUUACAAAGACUUAGCAGUGCAGCCUAGAGCUCUUCUCUUUGAACAUUAUUUAGCAAUAUCAUCAGGGCAUGCUGAGAGUUGUAGUUUUGUAACAGCCGCAGGUUAGGGAUCACUGUCCUAUUUAAAUAGAAACAGGAAGGCUGUGCUUUGGCAGAAUAGAAUUGUGUAAAACGCCCAAUAUGACAAGUAAAAUAAAUAUAUUUUUUCUCAAUACAUCUUCUCUCUUCUCGGCAGACCAUGAAUUCCCACAGUGCGACUCUGAUCUCCUUGCAUCUGCUGAUCCUAAGUGGCUGCUGGAACACCGUCGCCGUCUCCAACAUCAGCCUGAGAACCUUCAUUGGCUGCGCUGUGCGGGAAUUCACCUUCUUGGCAAAGAAACCCGGAUGUAAGGGUUUACGCGUCACCACUGAUGCCUGCUGGGGGCGCUGUGAGACUUGGGAGAAACCUAUCCUCGACCCUCCCCACAUUGACGCUUACCACAGAGUCUGCACCUACAAUGAAACAAAGCUGGUGACCGUGAAAUUGCCAAACUGCUUCCCCAACGUGGAUCCCUUCUUCACUUACCCCGUGGCGAUCCGAUGUGACUGCGGCGUCUGCUCCACUGCGACUACGGAAUGUGAGACCCUGUAAGGCAGUGUUCCUCGACCCCAGUCCUCAGGGCCCACCUGCCUGUCAUAAUUUGAGAAUAUCCCCGUGGUAAGUCCUGAUGUAUCGACACUAAUUGUAUCACCUGCUCAACACUAUGAAAAUCCUGACCGGUAGGUGGGCCCUGGGGAGCGGAGGUGAGGAGCCCUGCUGUAAGGACUGCAUGGAGGCUGCGAGAUGGUCUUCAUGUCACAGGAGAACCGUAGUUACUACCGGUAGAGGUAGUGUACUGCGCCUGCUGUCAAAUACACGGUAGGCAGCCGUAUUCUUUUCUAUGUUCCAGUAAUGUCACAGAGUCCUAAUAUAUUAAGGGACUUUUCGGUUUUAUGUAGAUUAAGCUUAUUCCAAUAUUUUGUAUAUCUGUUCACUGACCGCAGCGGCUGGAGAAAUCGGAGACCCUUAAAUAGA